AUGUCUUCUAGUUCUGCUGCUGCUGCUGCUGCUGCUGCAGCAGCAGCAGCUGCUGCUGCUGCUGCUGCUGGUGUUGCUGCAGCAGCAGCUGCUGCUGCUGGUGUUGCUGCAGCAGCAGCAGCUGCUGCUGCAGCUGCUGUUGUUGCAGAAGAGGCAGCUGCUGUUGGGGCUUUAACAGGGAAACAGCAGCAGCAGCAGCAGCAGCAGCAGCAGCAGCAGCAGCAGAAUAGACAUAGGAGUAGCAGCAGCAGCAGCAGGAAUAGCAGCAGCAGCAGCAGGAACAGCAGCAGCAGAAAGAGAGACCGUAGAGGGAAUAUGUACGCAGGAGAGUCCGUCGCGCAACAGCAGCAACAGCAGCAGCAACAGCAACAGCAGCAGCAGCAGCAGCAGCAGCAGCAGCAACACAUCCAGCAGCAAUAG